CGAGACUGGGACGAACCUCGUUCCGCCGUCUCUGUCAAGCGCUACGUCAUCCCCUCGGACGACGACCGAGAUCGAGACCGCGACUUCUUCCGUCGUCGAGACAACUCCGAUCGUGAUCUGGUCAUCCGUCGCUCCGACGAUCCCAUCAUGGCUUCGCGCUACGAGCGUGACUACGACUCACGCCCCUACUCCGAGAGGGACUACUACGAACGUCCCGUCUACGUCCACCCGCGCGAGUCCGACUACGAGAUGGUCCAACGGUCCGAGAUAGAUCGCGAUCCGGCCUACUCGUAUCACCGCCGGGCCCGCGACUACGACGACGACCGUCGGUUCCGUCGCGAGCUGAGCCCCAGCGACUCCGUCUCCCAGGCCACCCGUCGCCGGGACGACCAUGGUUACAGCAGCGACGACAGCAUGGUCUACGUUCGCAAGGAUGGCUUCGACCAUGAAGACCACCCCAAUCAUCACCGUCACAUGGCGGAGGGCGCCCUGGUCGGCGUCGGUGCGGCCGAGUUGCUCCGCCAGCGCCGGAAGAAGGACGGCAAGGAGGAGGAGUCUGACGGUUUGGGUCGCAUCGGACGCGAUGUCGGCGCCGGGGCCCUGGGCGCCGUCGCCGUCAGUGCCGCCUCCCGCGCGCGGGACUACUACCGCAGUCAGAGCCGCCAUCGCUCCCACUCCUUCGACGAGGACCGCCGCUCCCGUUCGCACCGUCGCCAUCGCCACCGUCAUUCGCACAGCCAGUCGCGCCACGGCCGCUCCCACUCGCGUUCCCGCGCGAGGACCUUCGCGGAACUGGGCCUCGGCGCCGCCGCCAUCGCCGGGGCGGUCGCCUUGGCCCGCAAGAAGUCGACUGACGACCGACGCAGUCGCUCCCGGCACCGUCGGUCCUCCGCGUCCCGCGCCGACCACGCCCCCGGGGACGAGACCCGCAGCCGCUCCCAGGCGCGCAAGCACAUGGCCGGCGCCGGCCUGGCCGGGGCCGCCGUGGCGGGCCUGGUGGACCGAGCCCGCAGCCGCUCGCGUCCCCGCCACCGCUCGCGCUCCCGCUCCCAGAGCCGGCUGCGGCAAGUGCUCCCGAUCGCCGCUGCCGGGUUGGGCACUGCCGCUGCCACGGGUCUGUACGAGAAGAACAAGGAGAAAAAGGACCGGAAAGAGUCACGGCAUCGGGAGCGACGGCACUCGCGUUCCCGCUCUCGCAGCCGGGCGCCGUCCGAGCCGUACUAUUCUGAGGCCCCGCGGGACUCAACCGGUCUGAUCGAGUACGGCGAGGACCCGGUUCACGGCAGCAUCCCCGCGGCCGACUACUACGGCCGUCCCACGGGCCCACACGGUUCCUACCCCGACUCCUCGCGCCACCGCCAUCGUAGUCGCAGCCGGGGGCGGGGUCGGCAGCACAGUGGGAGCUCGUCUGACUCUGACUCAGGUAGACGUCGCAAGCAUCGCAGCCGCUCCCGCAGCGUCGCGGAGGCGGCGCUGGCCGCCGCCGGGGUCGGAUACGGCGCCCACAAAUACUCACAGCGCAAGGACCGCAAGAAGGCCGAGAGGUCUCGGUCUCGACCACGUUAGGUACGAUGAUGACGGACGCUAUGACACGCACGAUGACCCGUACUACUCGGAGCCCUAUUCACCCUAUUCGCCCCCUUAUUCGUCUUCUCCCCCGGUGCGAUCGCCCAUUGACAGCCACGCCUAUCCCAAUGGCAGCCCUUUCCCGCCGCCUCCUGGCUCCGCACCCCGUCCGGCCGGCAGCGCCGCCCCAUAUCACCCGGGCGAGUACUAUCCGCCUCCACCGGGCGCAAUCCCUCCGCCAGGGGCGGUCCCUCCACAGCCUGCGUACGCGGGGCCUCCUCCCGGCGGGCGGGAACCAUA